AUGGGUUUUAUUUAUAAUGCUAUGGAUGAGGCGAAAGAGUUGAUUGCAAAUAACUUGAGAGGAGAUGAGGCAAGUUAUAGAGAGAUUUGGGAUAUCAUUGAUGUUUGGUGGGAGGUCCAGUUACACCGUCAUCUACAUGCAGCGGCGUAUUAUCUGAAUCCUCAAUUUCAAUAUUCAGAGAGAAAAUCCUCAAACCCGGAGGUGAAGCUUGGCUUGCAUCAUGGCAUGGAACGACUAAUACCGGAUCAGACCGUUAGGGAGCUUGUAGAUUUACAACUUGUUCUAUUUCGGAAUAUGGAGGAAUUUUUUGGUUUGCAAGCAAUAAAAUCAAUUAUUGUCAAACGGUCUCCAGAUAACAUUUCAGAGAGAAAUAGGUUUAAAAUCGUUGACAUUGUUGGCAUGAGGGUGUUUAGGGAUGAGAGUUAUGGAGGUUGCUUUGACUUGGUUGGACAAGUAACCAAUGUUAAAGAAGGAGGUUACAGCUUUGUAGAGAUGGUGCUGAAUGAUAUUCCAAGUGGAUCUAUAGAAAUCAAAUGUAAAUCUAUCUGGUCCAGGAGCAGAGUUUGA